AAUGGGUCUGAUAAUUCCAGGUCCUCUCUGCGGCCAGCGAAGGGAGGUCCCAGGGCGCACCUCGGCAGGGCGGGGGGCCCGGGUGAAGGGCGCCUGGAGGCGCGCUGCAUUGUUAGGGCGAUGAGGCCAGGUGACCCGCCAGGCUCGGAGCGCGGGCGCGGGGGCCGGCCGUGGCGAUUGCCCGCGCCGCCUCGAGGGGGCCCUGCCGCGGGCGCCGGCCGCCAGCCAGGAGGACGGGCCCGCCCGCGCGCUACUCGGAGCCCAGCCUCGCUGCGGCCAUCGCCCUGCCGGACCGCGCCGCAGGCUACCCCAGGACUUGUCCAAGGUGGAUCUGAGCCUCCUCAUGUGCUCCAGGCAGAGAUCGGGAUUCGGGUGCAUCACCAACUGGUGGAAGAUGGGGACUAGGCACCCUGCACACCCUGCACAGCCAGAAGAAUUAACCUCGAGUCUGCACACUUUUAAGAACAAGGCCUUUAAAAAAUCCAAAGUGUGUGGAGUUUGCAAACAAAUUAUUGACGGUCAAGGUAUUUUAUGCCGAGCCUGCAAGUAUUCCUGCCACAAGAAAUGUGAAGCCAAGGUGGUGAUUCCCUGCGGUGUGCAAGUCCGACUGGAACAGGCUCCAGGGAGUUCCACGCUGUCCAGUUCUGUCUGCCGUGAUAAACCUCUGUGGCCCGUCAUCCUGAGUCCCACCAUGGAGGAGGGCCAUGGGCUGGACCUCACUUACAUCACGGAGCGCAUCAUCGCCGUGUCCUUCCCCGCCGGCUGCUCCGAGGAAUCCUACCUGCACAACCUGCAGGAGGUCACGCGCAUGCUCAAGUCCAAGCAUGGGGACAACUACCUGGUAUUGAAUCUUUCAGAAAAGAGAUAUGACCUUACGAAGCUUAACCCAAAGAUCAUGGAUGUGGGCUGGCCGGAGCUCCACGCACCGCCCCUGGAUAAGAUGUGUACCAUAUGCAAGGCGCAGGAGUCCUGGCUGAACAGCAACCCCCAGCAUGUGGUCGUCAUUCACUGCAGGGGCGGGAAAGGACGCAUAGGAGUGGUCAUAUCAUCCUACAUGCAUUUCACCAACGUCUCAGCCAGCGCCGACCAGGCCCUUGACAGGUUUGCAAUGAAGAAGUUUUAUGAUGACAAAGUUUCAGCUUUAAUGCAGCCUUCCCAAAAACGGUACGUUCAGUUCCUCAGUGGGCUCCUGUCCGGAUCGGUGAAAAUGAAUGCCUCUCCCCUGUUCCUGCAUUUUGUCAUCCUCCACGGCACCCCCAACUUCGACACAGGUGGAGUGUGCCGGCCCUUUCUGAAGCUCUACCAAGCCAUGCAGCCUGUGUACACCUCCGGGAUCUACAACGUUGGCCCAGAAAACCCCAGCAGGAUCUGCAUCAUCAUCGAGCCGGCCCAGCUUCUGAAGGGAGAUGUCAUGGUGAAAUGCUACCACAAGAAAUACCGCUCGGCCACCCGUGAUGUCAUUUUCCGCCUGCAGUUUCACACUGGGGCUGUGCAGGGCUACGGGCUGGUGUUUGGGAAGGAGGAUCUGGACAAUGCCAGCAAAGAUGACCGUUUUCCUGACUAUGGGAAGGUUGAAUUAGUCUUCUCUGCCACGCCUGAGAAGAUUCAAGGGUCCGAACACUUGUACAACGACCACGGUGUGAUUGUGGACUACAACACAACAGACCCACUGAUACGCUGGGACUCGUACGAGAACCUCAGUGCAGAUGGAGAAGGCCUUAUGGGAUGGAAUUUCAACUCAAGGAAUUGUUGCAACGCAAAUACACCUGGACCAGAGGUGGAGACCCACAGACGGAAUGCUGAUGUGCUACACAUGCAGGGCCCUGUCGAUGGCAGCCUUUACGCGAAGGUGAGGAAGAAAAGCUCCUCAGAUCCUGGCAUCCCAGGUGGCCCCCAGGCAAUCCCGGCCACCAACAGCCCAGACCACAGUGACCACACCUUGUCUGUCAGCAGUGACUCCGGCCACUCUACAGCCUCUGCCAGGACUGAUAAGACGGAAGAGCGCCUGGCUCCAGGAACCAGGAGGGGCCUGAGCGCCCAGGAGAAGGCUGAGUUGGACCAGCUGCUCAGUGGCUUUGGCCUGGAAGAUCCUGGAAGCUCCCUCAAGGAAAUGACUGAUGCUCGAAGCAAGUACAGUGGGACCCGCCACGUGGUGCCAGCCCAGGUUCACGUGAAUGGAGACGCUGCUCUGAAGGAUCGGGAGACAGACAUUCUGGAUGACGAGAUGCCCCACCACGACCUGCACAGUGUGGACAGCCUUGGGACCCUGUCCUCCUCGGAAGGGCCACAGUCGGCCCACCUGGGUCCCUUCACCUGCCACAAGAGCAGCCAGAACUCACUCCUGUCUGAUGGUUUUGGCAGCAACGUUGGUGAAGAUCCGCAGGGCACCCUCGUUCCGGACCUGGGCCUUGGCAUGGACGGCCCCUAUGAGCGGGAGCGGACUUUCGGGAGUCGAGAGCCCAAGCAGCCCCUGCUGAGAAAGCCCUCAGUGUCCGCCCAGAUGCAGGCCUAUGGGCAGAGCAGCUACUCCACACAGACCUGGGUGCGCCAGCAGCAGAUGGUUGUAGCUCACCAGUAUAGCUUCGCCCCUGAUGGCGAGGCCCGGCUGGUGAGCCGCUGCCCUGCAGACAAUCCUGGCCUCGUCCAGGCCCAGCCCAGAGUCCCACUCACCCCCACCCGAGGGACCAGCAGUAGGGUGGCUGUUCAGAGGGGUGUAGGCAGUGGGCCACAUCCCCCUGACACACAGCAGCCCUCUCCCAGCAAAGCGUUCAAACCCAGGUUUCCAGGAGACCAGGUUGUGAAUGGAGCCGGCUCAGAGCUGAGCACAGGCCCCUCCCCAGGCUCACCCACCCUGGACAUCGACCAGUCCAUCGAGCAGCUCAACAGGCUGAUCCUGGAGCUGGACCCCACCUUCGAGCCCAUCCCUACCCACAUGAACGCCCUUGGUAGCCAGGCCAAUGGCUCUGUGUCUCCAGACAGCGUGGGAGGCGGGCUCCGGGGAAGCAGCAGGCUGCCUGACACAGGAGAGGGCCCCAGCAGGGCCACCGGGCGGCAAGGCUCCUCUGCUGAACAGCCCCUGGGCGGGAGACUCAGGAAGCUGAGCCUGGGGCAGUACGACAACGACGCUGGGGGGCAGCUGCCCUUCUCCAAAUGUGCAUGGGGAAAGGCUGGUGUGGACUAUGCCCCGAACAUGCCGCCAUUCCCCUCACCAGCGGACAUCAAAGAGACGAUGACCCCUGGCUAUCCCCCGGACCUCGAUAUUAUCGAUGGCAGAAUUUUAAGUAGCAAGGAGUCCGUGUGUUCAACUCCAGCAUUUCCUGUGUCUCCAGAGACACCUUAUGUGAAAACAGCCCCGCGCCAUCCUCCAUUCAGUCCACCUGAGCCCCCGCUGAGCAGCCCAGCCAGUCAGCACAAAGGAGGACGUGAACCACGAGGCUGCCCUGAGACGCUCACUCACGCUGUGGGGAUGUCAGAGAGCCCCAUCGGACCCAAAUCCACGAUGCUCCGGGCUGACGCGUCCUCGACGCCCUCCUUUCAGCAAGCUUUUGCUUCUUCCUGCACCAUUUCCAGCAAUGGCCCCGGGCAGAGGAGAGAGAGCUCCUCUUCUGCAGAACGCCAGUGGGUGGAGAGCAGCCCCAAGCCCACGGUCUCCCUGCUGGGGAGCGGCCGGCCCACCGGAAGUCCCCUCAGCGCUGAGUUCUCCGGUACCAGGAAGGACUCCCCAGUGCUGUCCUGCUUCCCGCCGUCAGAGCUCCAGGCUCCUUUCCACAGCCAUGAGCUGUCCCUAGCAGAGCCACCGGACUCCCUGGCGCCUCCCAGCAGCCAGGCCUUCCUGGGCUUCGGCACCACCCCAGUGGGAAGUGGCCUUCCGCCCGAGGAGGACCUGGGGGCCUUGCUGGCCAAUUCUCGUGGAGCGUCACCGACCCCCAGCAUCCCGCUGACAGCGACAGGGGCUGCCGACAAUGGCUUCCUGUCCCACAACUUUCUCACGGUGGCACCUGCACACAGCAGCCACCACAGCCUAGGUCUGCAGGGCCAGGGCGUGACCCUGCCUGGGCAGCCGCCCCUCCCUGAGAAGAAGCGGGCCUCGGAGGGGGAUCGUUCUUUGGGCUCAGUCUGCGCCUCCUCCAGUGGCUUCUCCAGCCCGCACAGCGGGAGCACCAUCAGUAUCCCCUUCCCAAAUGUCCUUCCUGACUUUUCCAAGGCUUCAGAAGCGGCCUCACCUCUGCCAGAUAGUCCAGGUGAUAAACUUGUGAUCGUGAAAUUUGUUCAAGACACUUCCAAGUUCUGGUACAAGGCGGAUAUUUCAAGAGAACAAGCCAUCGCCAUGUUGAAGGACAAGGAGCCAGGCUCAUUCAUCGUUCGAGACAGCCAUUCCUUCCGAGGGGCCUAUGGCCUGGCCAUGAAGGUGGCUACGCCCCCACCUUCAGUCCUGCAGCUGAACAAGAAAGCUGGAGAUUUGGCCAAUGAACUCGUCCGGCACUUUUUGAUCGAGUGUACCCCGAAGGGAGUGCGGUUGAAAGGGUGCUCGAAUGAACCGUAUUUUGGGAGCCUGACGGCCUUGGUGUGCCAGCAUUCCAUCACGCCCUUGGCCUUGCCGUGCAAGCUGCUUAUCCCAGAGAGAGAUCCAUUGGAGGAAAUAGCAGAAAGUUCUCCCCAAACGGCAGCCAAUUCAGCAGCUGAGCUGUUGAAGCAGGGGGCAGCCUGCAACGUGUGGUACUUGAACUCUGUGGAGAUGGAGUCCCUCACUGGCCACCAGGCGAUCCAGAAGGCCCUGAGCAUCACCCUGGUCCAGGAGCCACCACCUAUGUCCACAGUUGUGCACUUCAAGGUGUCAGCCCAGGGCAUCACCCUGACGGACAAUCAGAGGAAGCUCUUCUUCCGGAGGCAUUACCCCGUGAACAGUGUGAUUUUCUGUGCCUUGGACCCACAAGACAGGAAGUGGAUCAAAGAUGGCCCUUCCUCAAAAGUCUUUGGAUUCGUGGCCCGGAAGCAGGGCAGUGCCACGGAUAAUGUGUGCCACCUGUUUGCAGAGCAUGACCCUGAGCAGCCUGCCAGUGCCAUUGUCAACUUCGUAUCAAAGGUCAUGAUUGGCUCCCCAAAGAAGGUCUGAGAGCCCCCGUCCCUCCCUGGACCCACCGAUGCCUCUCGAAGCCUUGGAGACAGCCGUUGGGUGAGGGUGGGGCCCCCACUUUUUACCAAACUAGUAACCCUGACAUUCUAGGCCCAUGAGGGGAAAGAGGAUCUUCCAGCUCUGCAAAAACAAGAACAAACAACAUCACCGUGAAUUGGCCUUUCCUGAAAGUGACUUAUCUGACACAUCUCUGUAGCCACAUGCUUUUUGGGUAGAAGAAGCUGGGCAUGGGUGCACCCCACCCUGUAGGGUCCCCAUGGGAAAGGGACAUGCAAGGAAACAGCACAGAACACGAGGUGGUCCCCACGUCCCUGGCACACCAGCAUUCCGAGGGAUAAGGAAUCCUCAACCCUUGAGGCAGAGGUGCCGAGUGACUGCCAUGCUUCACCCGUCCGCAUGGGCGCUUCUGUCCAGCUGCACCCGAGGCCGGGGGUUUCCCUCACCUUGGUCUUCCCAAGAUGGAGAUGCUAAUGAAACUGAGAAGGGGGCGUAUGUUUGACGAAGGUUUGUGCAAGUCAGGCCCUUCUGGAACACAGCAGGGCUUACAACGAGGGGCCUUUGUGAUGGGCUGUGAGGAUGGGGGUGGUGGGAAGAAUUGGCCACAUUAGAGACCCCACCCCACCCCACCAUGGUGAGUGCUCUGUGCCUCCUGCUCACCCGUGGUGAGCUGGGCGAGCUGGGCGAGCUGGGCUGGGGAGAGCCUGUGAGGACCCUGAGAGGAGAAAUGAGAAGAAGGAACAAAAAUAUCAUUUCUGUGUAAUUUAUAUUUUACUUAUGCCAAAUUAUUUAUGAUAAUUUGCCAUUGCUAUACUGUACCAGUGUCAAAUGCUGCAGCCUGCCAAGCUGUGAUUUUGUGAGGCUUGUCCUUAUGUAGGAUGCACCGCAGGCCCCUGGCCACUGAAAGAGUGUGCAGUGGACUGUGGGUCUCCCAUGUGCGGUGCCGCCCAAAGGUGACUUUGCCUCAAGCAGCCUACCCUGACGUUUUACUCAUUGGAAUGUUUUUCCCCGAUUGUGGAUGACUUCCUUUCUGAUGGAGAGAGUCCAGGAGGGAUGGAAAACGCCUGGAUUUAAACUCAGCAUCCCCCACACGGGCUUUUCGAUCAUCUUCAGGCCUGAAGCUGCACGACCUGAAGUUCCCCUGCAUUUAUCAGCCCUCUUCGUGCUGCUCCUUGCCACCCUGGGGUUCCUGCUGGGGACCGUGUGUGGUUGUGGCAUGUGUGAGCAGAAGGGAGAAUGAGGAAAAAGAGAAGAAACCCCGGUACUGACAAGCUGUUUUUGAGUGCCACUGUUUGCCAUCAUCUAAGCCACUGAAUCAAGUGUAUUUCAGGCUUAUUUCAACAUUCCAAUGCCCUGGUUUUCUUGCUUGAAUCUGUCCGUGGUCAAAGGUUUGGGGGAAUUUGUGACCCUGGAACAUCCCCAGAGUGAAAGAUGGGGCUGGGCCACAUCAGAAUAAGGCCUUGGCCCCAUCCUCUCACAGCCUAGGUGCUCUGCAGGCACGCUGACUGUCCUGAUUGCGAUCCAGCCCGAAAUUCCCUCCUCUGCUUUCAAAAGUCGAAUCCCCCAGUCUUAGGCCACACUGGUGUCGCAAGCUCCUGUCAGGGAGCUGGGGUUUGGGAAUGUGCUUUGUGAACUCUGCUUUAAAGUGAGGGGCCGAGGAAAACUUAGCAACAGGCAGAGUUGGAAGCAGCCAAAUCACAGUGGGUGUUGUGUGUGCGUGCGUGCAUGUGUGCGUGUAUGCGUGUGUGAAAGCAGGUGGACCAUUCCACUUUUUAGCUCCUAUUGAUGCACCAAACCAAGUGCCUCAUUUCUGUGCCAAAUGUUUGCCUUGGUCAUUGUAGACCUCCUUCUCUAACAUGCGGUGGCGUGACUGUCAGGAGGUGCUGGCAUUUUCAGCAGAUCCUCAUGUGUUGACCCUGAUGUCUUUGGCAGAGGCCUCUAGCAUCUCGGUUUUUCAUCCACUGCAGCAAUGUGGCCACAGGGAACAGAGGUUUGUACUUUACCCAAGAGGUCCUCAUCCUGAGACGGUCUCUAUCCAUGUUUAUCCCAAAGAGUGCAGGCCAGGUCCCUUACCCUUCUGAUGAAGGAUGAGAGAGCUCAUUUAGGAGUCAGAGCAAACUAGGAUCUCAGUAUUGAGAAACGCAGCCUGCCAGGGAAUCACAGAGACUUCGGAGUGCUCGUGAUGGCCCUCAUGAAGCCAUGCCUCGACGGCAUUCAGGAAGCCGUGCAAACGUGCUUUUUGAACUCAUUGUCCAGGUGUGAUUUUUACACAAGGUAAACGUGGUCAAGGGCAUCAGGGAAUUUGCUCCAAGCAGAUAGCUCCCUCUGAGGAACCAAAGGAAGCAAGUUUCCACGAUUUCUGAAGAGCUGGUAUAGGAAGUUUCUUUCUUCCUUUUGUGUUACAUGUGCAUUAAACAGUACAAGCUGUGUGUCAUCACAGAUUGUACUGUGGGCUCAGAAACCGUGAGAGAGCCCCCACCGUGGACACCGGCUCUAGGGCCACAGGAAAAGGAACGUUUCCAGGCAUUUUGUCUCCAGGGCUCCCCGCUGGACAGGCGCAUACUGCCCUGGGGAGUAAAUGCGGAGAGUUCACGAACUGUGCCCCCACCGCAUGUUAUAGCCAGGGUCCUACUAACUACUCAGUAAAAGAACGUAUUGUUGUAUUCCUCCAGUGUUAAGCUAUAGCCAUGUUAAAAGUCACUGUGCAUUUAUUCUCAGCAUCAAAUACCUUGUAACGUCUUCUCUGCCUUACUUGUUAGUGCAUAUUUUUACUUUUCUGAUACUGUAAAGAAUAUAUCCAGUAUGUAAAUGAAUGUUCUAUAAAUCCUUUGUAUAGUCAUUUUCUCUGCUCUUUAAAUAUCAUCUCUAUUCAGAGUAUAAUAAAAUUAUGAACUUGGUAA